AUGGGUGGCGGUUGUGUUUCAGGUAUCAUUCUUAUUGGUGAGAUAGGUGGUACAGCAGAAGAGGAUGCUGCUGCCCUUAUUAAGAGUUUAAUAGGAAAGUUUUCCAAUCUGGGUUUUCUUGUUUGGGAAGGCUUAGUCAUGAGGAACGAGAAAGGUUUUAUAGAGGAGGUAGCACUAACAGUCGGGGAGGAGGGUCUUGUGUGGAAGCCAUUUCUAGAGGUUGAAGAGUGCUAUAUUGAUCUAAAUGGGGUGGGUUUGCAUUCGGAUGGGAUGGGUAACUUGGAUAGUGGUCCACAAAUUGGUUCAUAUUGUGAUAAAAGUGAGAAGGAGCUUCAGUUGAAGCUUGAAGAAGUUCUUAGUGUUGUUGGGAAGAUGUUUAAUUUGCCAAAGAUGAAUGACCUUAGGGAGACUAAUUCAUAG